GAUUUCCGGUUUAGCCAAAUAAAAAUAGCCAUGUGCGCUAGGCAUGUAUUCAUUUGACUGUAUCAUCGCUUCUCUGCACACUGAGACCUACUACACACAGGUGCUACUGUCGAGUUGAGCGAUGGACGCAGGAACAAUGAUAAACUACCAGGUGUGUUACGAGAAUCAAACAGGUCAUACGAAUUGUGAGUUCCUGUACGAUGUAAGCACUGAUGCAACUAAAUACAGUUACGGAACUUACGAUCCGUCCGCUGAUUGGCCAAACCUCCACGAUUUAGAGUCAUAUACAGACUCGGAACCUGCCAUACAUGAUUAUAUCAACCUCAUUCUACCGAACCACGGAGAAAACAGCGAAUUCCUAAAUAUGACCCCACAGACGAAUUUUGUAACAGGGGAUUCUGAAUCUGACACUGACAGUGUAAUGCUAAGCUUAGAAGAAUACCGCGAGUUUACGCGCAGCAGCAAACAGGAGGACUAUCCGGAAACUAUGAGUGUCUCUAGUAUUGGGAGUGGACAGUUUGAUUGUUAUCAGCCUCCCCCCAUCCCCUCCCCGGUCUACCAUGCCUACAACAAUCAAACCCUACCCAGCUUUGAUCAGCUUGUACAAUCGACCACCAAACAUUACACAACCACGACCAGGCCGUGCGUUUCAGACGACGAAGGUGACGAGGAGUCGGAGGCUAUAGUCAAAAAGGGAAAACGAGGUGCAAAGAACAUUUUGUUAUGGAAGUUCCUGCUUGACGAGCUGGCAGACGUUCACCAGAAACAUAUCAGAUGGAUCAGCUGUAAAGAAGGUACCUUCAGAUUUGUCGACACAGCAGAAAUCAGCAAGAUGUGGGGAGCCAAAAAGAGGAAAAAUGACAUGAAUUUCGAGAAACUCAGCCGCGGUAUUAGACACUACUACAAAUCUGGGUUUAUGAGGCGUGAGGAUGGAACGAGGCUGGUAUACAAGUUCAACUGGAAAAAGGUUCCCAAGGAAUACAGACGGAGAUUUGCUCUGUAAGCUAGAGACGAACUGCCCAGUCUGAACGCAGGAAUUCCAAACUUGUGCUCCUGUAGCAAGAACUUAAUAGUGUCUUUGCAAAGAACCGAAAUACUAUACAAACUGACUCCCGAUGAACCAGUUUUCUGCUAUUAUAAACGUGUGGAACGCGCAGCAAUACUUCCCAGUGUGACUUAUUGACAAACGUACAGCCGGUACCUCGGCAAGCUGGUUUUAUCUACAAUCAAGUAUUCCUCAAGUCGGCGAAAUGGUGAUCUGCAAAAAAGGAGAUAAACAAUUCCAUGGUGAUUUGUGCAAUAUAUGUUUAUUUUGCAGUUGCUUUGUAUAUUAAACGUGCACACGCUAACAACAAUGAAAUGACAAUUCGCUGGGACUAUGCAAUAACUAGCUAGGAACUUACACACAUGUACUGUCGAGUGCUCAGGAAUGACUACUCGAGGUUUUUCGUCGUGGGCUAUUAUGUUAGCUUGUACAUACAUGUUUAAGAUAAAAUAGCUAGAUAUGAGAAUUGCCAGAGAGAGGAAGCAGAAAUGUCUCAAUAUCCGGAGAGAGAGGGAGGGAGAAAUGUCUCAAUAUGCGGGGAGAGAGGGAGGGAGAAAUGUCUCAUUUUGUUUCUUAAUAGAUUCUCAUUAAUCAAGACCCGACAGUUAAGAAAUCCUGUUUAUCUAG